AUGACGAGGAGGGUCUACUUUGCUGCCCACGGUGGCACAGUACAGGGAGUUGGGUUUCGGUACUUUACGCGCAAGAGAGCUCAGGCAUAUGGCCUCACCGGCUGGUGCCGCAACACGCCCGACAACAAGGUCGAGGGUGAAGUGCAAGGCGAAGACGCCUCUGUGGACAAGCUCCUAAAGGACGUCGAUCAGGGCCCCAGCGGCGCCACCGUCGUCAAGCUCACCCAAGAAGCGCGGGACGUUGUUGUCGACGAGGCAGAGUUCGCCGUACGACACUGA